CCGGGCCCGCCGGCGCUUCCGGUGCCGCGGCUCCAUGGAUGCCAACCUGCGCUUCUGGAGGGCGGAGGGGCAGUCUUUCUUCCAGAGGUUUCUCCUCUGGGCGGACGCCUUGGAUCCGCUGCUGCUGCUCAAGUCCUCCAAUGAAAUACAUAGAACCAGGUUAUCAAUACUAAUCAAUGAGAAGACCCUAAGUGAGCCCAUACAGAAUAAUCAGACUAAAAAAGACUUCUUGCUAAGCCUGUCCAGUGUACAUCCUGAUACAGACAAGAUAAUUCCUGUUUUGUUUAGACCUCCAGCUUUCAUGCCCAUAACUCUUCCCUUGGUCAUCAUUUCAUCUGUUCAGCGCCACGCAAGGCAUUCUUUCUUUUGGCAGUUUGUGUUUCACACAUACACCACAGCAUUCACUCUGGUAAAUGGAAAUGGCACCCCAAAGGCUCAAGGAUACUCACUUCAGCAAAAGCAGCUCUUGCUUGGCUUGGGAGCCAUUUCCUAUUCAGCCUGUGUUGGUGCUCUCCCUCUUGCCUUCAUGAAUCGUUACACGUUGAAGAACUCAUUAAUGCACCUUGUGGUCAGAAAACUGCUGCCUGCUCCUCUGCUUGGUCUGACGAGUGCGUUUACCGUGGCAAUGGUGAGAAGCCCAGAAUUUGAUAAUGGGAUAGAAGUGAUGGACAGGAAUGGCAAGGUUAUAGGAGUGUCUAAGAAGGCUGGUGAGAAGGCUGUUAUGGAAACAGCAUUGUCCAGAGCAGUCUUGUUUGGGACAACGUUCUUCCUGCCAGAAGUGCUGAUGCACUGUGUGCAGAGAGCAAGAAUUGUUAAAAAUCCUCGUGCUUUGGGUCCUGUGAGGAUGUUUGUGAUUAUGUCAGUCCUAGCAGGGAUGCUGCCAGUCUCCUUUAGUAUGUUCCCACAGUGUGGGGAGAUAAAGCGAGCAGACCUUGAACCAGAAAUUCUGUCAUCUACAGAAGAAACAGUGUUCUUCUACAACAGGGGCAUUUAGAGCCUGGCUUUUAUACAGAAGUGUGUGCUCUGAUCCAAGUGAAUCCUGAAUGCACCACUGGCAUUUGGGACUGAAUUGUGAUUGUGUGUGGCAAAGGUGCCAGAUCUGGUGUACAGUGGUGAACUUGGGAAUGUGGCUUUGCCAGCCCAGCCUGGAGGCACACAAACACACCUCAGCUGAUGCUGAGAAGUGCUAGAAAAGCACUGUAACACAGCCUUUGUCACAGCCUGUGUUCUCUGCUUCCCCAGGUGAUUGAUUCCUUAAUUAAAUGACUGCUGAGUACCUAA